AUGCCUACUUUGGCGACCCCCGAUGAUGCCUAUCGCUACUCCCAGGGCGAGGCUAUCAGACACCCGGGUGGCUUUGAUAUGCAGCUCGACCGGCCACUGGAUUUAGGCGGGGCUGACACCACAACUGAAAUCUCCAACUAUCCGGCGAUGAAAUCGAUCCACAAUCCUAAUGCGCCGGAGAACCUGACACUGGAAAGCAUACCUGCGCAAAAUGUUCGCACGUUUAUCGGCGGGUUCAGUCGGCUCAUGUCACUUGAUCCAGCGGAUUUAUGGAACUGGAUGGACAACUUGAGAGGCAAGGGCGUUGAGAGUCUGGCGAUCCCGCACAACUCCAACAAAUCCAAUGGGCAGAUGUUCGAACUGGCAAACUGGGCAGGUGACCCGAUGACCCUGGCGCACAACGAACAGCGCAUGCGCAAUGAACCGCUGGUGGAAAUCACCCAGGUCAAAGGCACCUCGGAAACACACCCGGCUUUGUCGUUGAACGAUGAGUGGGCCGGCUUCGAGAUCGGUGUGUCGAUGGGUGGAGACCUGAUGGCAAGGUCCGGCGAUGCCCCUGCGUUUAUCGUCUGGGCAGCCCGGGAUGCACAAUCGGCACCGUUGCAACGUGUGCAGAUCAUCAAGGGCUGGCUUGAGGACGGCGCACCCUGCGAGCAGAUAUUUGAUGUUGCCUGCUCGGACGGAUUGGCGGUUGAGCCGACGACUCACCGCUGUCCGGAUAAUGGCUUGAUGAUUCAGGAAAGCGUUCAGGCACUCAAUUUUGUCGAUACGGAAGGCGUCAUCCGAGUCAUCUACCCCAUAGAACCCAAUCGCGCUGCGCUUGACGCCAACCUGAAGUCGAAUCCUAAUGCGUCGGUUCUGGGCGCGCUUGAGCGUGCGGGAGCAAAUGGUGGCGUGGCGCGCACGGACAUCAUUGAGCUGUUACAGGGUGGUAAGGGCUUUGCGCUGUACCAGCCAAUGCUUGGAGUUGCUGGACAGCCAUUGGGUUAUGUCAAUGGCGUGUUCCGCGUUGAAGCGCUGAUGACCUCGUGUCUGCCGGAGGGACGGCUGCGAAAGAAUUUCGCUUUUGACCUUAUCGAUGGCGGCUCAGUAUUUUACGAACAAGCCGAUCCACUUGUGGCGGCGAUCAGCCCUUACCAGAUCAACCUGCCAAUAAAUGUCGCUGACAGUCCCUGGCGCUUCACAAUUGCCCCGCUGACAAGUUACCUGGCGGCGACCGACGACUUCCUCGACGAGAUCUGGAUUGGUUUGGGGGUCUUGCUGACAACACUACUCACGCUGGCACUACGCUAUGCAUUGGUAAAACAGCGCGAUAUUGAGGCACGUGAGGAUGAGUAUCGUUUGCUCGUAGAGAACCAGACCGAUCUUGUGGUUAAGGUCAACACGGAGGGAGAAUUUCAGUACAUCAGUCCGAGUUAUUGUGACUUGUUCGGGAAAAGCGAGGCCGAAUUGCUUGGUAAGACCUUCCUGCCCCUUGUGCAUGAAGAUGAUCGUGAACGAACGGAACGGUCGCUGCAGCGCUUGAGCGAUCCACCGCACACGACGUAUCACGAACAGCGCGCCAUGACAAAAGACGGCUGGCGCUGGCUGGCGUGGUCGAAUCGUGCGGUACUCGACGACCAGGGCGAGCUGGUAGGCAUAACAGCCGUUGGCCGCGAUGUCACCGACAUCAAGCGUCUUGAAGAGCGUGUUGCACACUCGCAGAAAAUGCGCGCAAUGGGGGAGUUAGCCGGGGGGAUUACACAUGACUUCAACAAUUUGCUGCAGGUUAUCCUUGGUAAUAUGGAAUUCCUGUUGCUCAGCGACAAACACGAUGCCGAGACGCGAAUCGCGCUGGAGAACGUACGUGAUGUCGGUACACGAGCCAUGAAUCUGACCAAGAAACUCGCGACGCUCAGUCGCCAGGAUGUGGCACGUCCCGAGGUGUUCGACAUCAACGAGUUUUUACAAGAGUUGCAGGCUCUGCUCGACCACACUCUCCCGGCAUCUGUGGAUCUCACCGUGAUACCUGCAGAUUCACAGCUGUCUGUGUUCGGCGACCGCUCGCAGCUCGAACAGGUUAUGCUCAACUUGUGCUUCAACGCACGUGAUGCCAUGGAGUCGAAGGGACGUAUCCAGAUAAAAGCAGCUCGGCAAACGGUUGAUCAUGUUGGGUUGGGGCUCGACACUCAACCGGUUGUUGGCGACUACGUCCUGAUAACAGUUGAGGACAAUGGUCAAGGCAUUGAAGCACAGGUAUUGCCCCGUAUUUUCGACCCAUUCUUCACAACCAAGGAAAUUGCCACGGGUACGGGGCUGGGCCUGGCAAACUGUUACAGUAUUGUUGAAGCCCACAACGGCACCAUAACCGUUGACUCGACACUUGGCGAAGGCAGCUGCUUUUCCGUUUAUUUGCCGCUCUCUACAAAUGAGCUGGGUGAGUCUGGAGCAGCCGGUGAGUCGACUGCGCCCACGAUGACGCGCGAAGCGAGUACCCGCGGUGGGCUGGUUCUUGUUGCUGACGAUAACACUCAGCUGUUAGACCUCGCGUGCAAGAUUCUGGAGAAAGUAGGGUAUGAGACCUGCGCGGCGUCAGACGGCAAGCAGGCGUUGGAUCUUUACAAAGCGCGGCAGGAUGAAAUCCGUCUGCUUGUGCUUGAUCUUGUUAUGCCUCAGAUGAGCGGUCAGGAGGUUGCAGCAGCUGUCCGGGAGCUUUCGGACGAUGUGCGUAUCCUGUUCGUCUCGGGUUAUGUCCCUGAGCAGACAGAGAGCGUCAGUCUCGAGAUAAAGGCUGGCGAGAGCGUGGCGAUCAUCGGCAGCAUUGAGAUUCAGGGCACGCAACUGGACGCGCUGUCUGCUGACGAACUGGCGGAUCUGCGCAGAGAUCGGAUGGGCAUCGUCUUUCAGUCCUUUCAUCUGAUUCCGAGCCUGACCGCUCUCGGUAAUGUCACUCUGCCGUUGGAGAUUGCGGGAGACCCGGAUGGCAGCGCGAAGGCCAGAGAGACACUGCGGCGUGUAGGUCUUGAUCAUCGCGAAUCCCAUUAUCCGAUGCAGCUUUCCGGCGGCGAACAGCAGCGUGUUGCCAUUGCCAGAGCGCUGGUGCACUCGCCGCCACUGCUGCUGGCUGAUGAACCCACGGGUAACCUGGAUAAAGACACGGGCAGUGCCAUCAGCGAUCUGCUGUUCGAGCUGCAUGCGAACUCAGGUAGCACCCUGGUCCUGGUUACUCAUGAUGAGUCUCUGGCAAUGCGUUGUGAUCGACAGUUACGUCUGGACGGCGGCGCUCUGGUAGAGGGGCAGAAACAUGACCUGCGCGGCAGUGGUCAGUCGCUGUGGAUUCUGUGUGCCUGCCUGGUGCUCGGUGUCACCCUGGUCGCCGCAACCGGUGGUCUUUAUCAGCAGAUCAGAGAGGGGCUGCAGACCGAUAGUCGGAAGUUGAGCGGAGGGGAUCUGCAGGUGGAAUCACGCUCUCGUCUGCCAAUUGAAGCCAUCAACUGGAUGGCGGCGCGGGGACAGGUGUCGCUGCUUGUUGAAAUGGACACCAUGAUGGCCACCGCCUCCGGUGACCUUCAGCUGGUGGAGGUGCUGAGUGUUGACGAACAUUAUCCGCUGUAUGGCGAGUUAACUCUUAAUCCUUCUUUACCUCUGGUGGAAGUGACGCAGAACAACGGUGGCCAGUUUGGUCUCGCCAUGGAUCCGGUACUUGCUGAUCGCCUGGGCAUCAGCGCGGGUGAUGAGGUUGAGAUUGGUGAAUUGUCAUUUGAAGUACGUGCGUUGAUCACCGAACAGCCGGAUCGCAGCCUCAGUGCAAGCUGGCGUAGCAGCCCGGUUAUGAUCUCUGCAGAUGCGCUUGCUGAUGCAGGCUUGUUGCAGCCCGGCAGUCGUGUGGAAUAUGAAUAUCGCGUGCGAACUGAGCAGGAUCCAGGCGAGUGGCAGAGAGCUUUUUUUGCGAUGUUUCCCGAUACCAAUUGGGAAGUCAGCACCUUUAUGGAUCGUAGCGACCGCAUAGGAGAACGGUUAGCUCAAGCGGGAUCAGCUUUGUUGAUUGUCGGUUUCAGCACGCUGUUUAUCGGUGGGCUGGGUGUCUUCAAUAGCGUGCAGGCUUACCUGCAGAAUAAGCUCGGUACAAUUGCUACGCUGCGCUCAGUAGGUCUAAGAGACCGCUCUCUUGCGGUUGUUUACCUGCUGCAGAUCCUGAUAAUGAGUGGUCUUUCCUGUUUUGUCGGCGCCGUGCUGGGUUUUCUGCUGUCAUUUGUGGGGGCUUUGUUCGCCGCCACCCAGGUUCAGAUCGACACCGUGGUGUACAGUGCAAUUCUACCCGGUUUGCUUGCGGCUCUGUUUGGUUUGCUGACCGCUAUGACGUUUGCAGCGCCUGCCAUCGGUCGUGCGUUGUCGGUAGAUCCUGCCGUGCUUUUUCGAAGCCUUGAUGGUGUUGAAACGGGUACACCUCGAGCCUGGUGGCUGGCAACACUGUGUGGCGCUGCUUUAGUUGUCCUGCUUGUAUUGUUUGUGUUGCCUGAUCCGAUCUUUGCCCUGUCUUUUGUCGCAACCGUGCUGGGAUUGCUUGUCAUGCUCGAAGGCGUUGUGCGCCUGAUCAGGCGAAUAGCACUCAGAAUGGAUGGCCAGGCACCGACGCGGCGCUAUUUUGCGCUGCAUCUGGCGCUUGCCAACCUGCACCGCCACGGCUCUGCACUGCGUGCCUCUCUGCUGACUCUGGGCUCGGCGCUGACCCUGUUAGUAGCGUGCACAGUAUUGAUUUCAACGCUUCUGGAAACAAUCGCCAGCACCAUCCCGGAAGAAUCUCCGGAUCUCGUGAUGUACGACGUUGCACCACACCAACGACAAGAGGUGAGUGCGAUUCUGCAGGAACAGAAUGCGGUACGAGUGGAUAUGGCGCCGUUGGUUCAAGGGCGACUUGCGGCGGUUAAUGGCGCUACGCCAGACUCAGAAAGCAGCCUCGAAGCUCAGCGCGAGGCGCGAGACGAACAUAAACUGACCUAUCGCGCUGGCAACAUUGAUGGGGUCACUAUGGUGCAGGGUAGUUGGUGGCCGGAAGGCGCGUCGGGUGAGGGUGCCUGGGUGGUGAUGGAAGAUCGCGAAGCCAACCAGAUUGGUUUGCAGGUUGGAGAUCUGCUGACCUUCGACAUUCAGGGCAGACAAUUGGAGGCUGAACUAACUGGUAUAUUUCGGCAGAAAGGCCUGCAGACGCGCUUCUGGUUUGAAGCCAUUCUGUCUGAUGGCGUGCUGGACCCGUUCAUCUCCCGCUACGUGGGCGCCAGUUAUAUGCCCGCGGACAAAGCCAUUGUCGCGCAAACUCAAAUUGCAGGGAUAGCACCCAAUGUUGUGUCGGUACGAACCGCCACCCUGGUCGCCACCGCCAAAAAUCUGCUAGGCAACGCGGUGGCGGGGCUGGUUGUGGUUUCAGCUGUUGCGUUUUCUGUGAGUCUGCUGGUGCUGACGGGUGUUAUGGCGAGCCACCGCUCGCGGCAGGUUUAUUACUCCACCAUUCUUCACACACUUGGCGCACGUCUCAGCGUUGUGCGCCUGAGCCUUGGCAUGGAGUAUGUGCUGUUAGCGUUAGUAACUUCUCUUUUUGCCCUGGUACUCGGCAUAUUGAUUGCGUUGCCGAUGUUGCAUUUUCAGCUGCGAUUACCCCUUGCGUUUCCUGUAUGGCCGGCGGUAGUUGCUGCCUUUGGCGUCAGCUCUGUGUGUCUCUAUGCAGGUAUGAUGCCCAUUCUGAAUGAGCCGGUGUCGCGAAAUGACAGACAAUCUUUCAGCCAGGUUGCUUCUCUGGGUACGCUGGAGCGGGAUCGUAUUGAACUUAUUGCUGAAUCCAAUGAUGCUGCUCGUGCACAAGUGGCCCUGAAGCGAGCGCAGGCUGAAGUUGCGGUUGCGCGCUCAACUCUGGCUGAGGCUGAGAAAGGCCCACGACAACAACAGAUCACUCAGGCGCGGUCUCGAUUGACGGCUACUGAAAGUGCCACUGCAACUCUGCGCGCAGAACUUGAUCGCGAACUUGCGCUGUUAGAUCGACAGCUGAUCUCAAAAGCAACCAUUGAUAUCACCGAAGGUAAAUAUAACGAAGCCGUUGCGCGCCAGGCUGAAGCACAAGCCGUGCUGGACGAAUUGCUGGAAGGCACCCGUUCUGAAGAAAUCGACCAGGCACGCGCGCACCAUGCCGCGGCGCUGGCUAAUCUGCAGAAUCUGGAAAUAACGCUCGCCCGAGCGGACAUCAUUGCUCCUGUUAGCGGCACAAUUGAAUCUCUGCCUUUCGAAAUUGGUGAACGCCCUCCAUCCGGUGCCACCGUAUUAAUCAUGCUUGCCGAAGGGCCUACCUAUGCACGUGUGCAUAUUUCCGAGCCUCUGCGUGCUGUCCUUCAGCCGGGGCACGAAGCCUCCAUCCUACUGGAUGGACACCCGGACCCGCUCACGGGCAAAUUACGUUGGGUAUCCAGCCGUGCAGCCUUCACACCCUAUUUCUCGCUGAACCAGCACGACCGGUCACGCCUGAGCUACGUUGCCGAAAUUGACGUCGUGGAACCUGCCGAUAACCUGCCAGUAGGCAUACCGGUUGAAAUGACUGAUACCGUUAUUGUCACCCAGGGAUUAACGCGUAAAUUUGGGGAUCUGACUGCAGUAAACGAUGUGUCUCUGAAUGUUGGCAAAGGCAGUAUCUAUGGGUUCUUAGGUCCAAAUGGUUGCGGGAAGUCAACGCUCAUACGUAUGUUGUGUGGUUUGUUAGCACCUAAUGCCGGUACAGCACAGGUCCUCGGUAUGGACGUCAUGAAAGAUGCUGAAGCCAUAAAACGACGCAUUGGCUACAUGACCCAGAAGUUUUCUCUGUAUGGCGACCUUACAGUUGGUGAAAACCUGAAUUUUCUGGCGCAGAUCUACGGACUUAACAAGGCACAGCGUAAGUUGCGUAUCCAGGCGCAAUUGGAGAAUUUCUCUCUGCAGAGCAUCUCGCGUCAGAUGGCCGGCACUUUGAGUGGCGGCCAACGCCAGAGACUCGCGCUCGCGGGCGCUACCCUGCAUGAGCCGGAACUGCUGUUUUUGGAUGAACCAACAAGUGCCGUUGAUCCGGAAAGCAGGCGUGAGUUCUGGGAGUUUCUGUUUGAUAUGGUCGACACCGGCACAACCGUACUGGUGACCACUCAUUUCAUGGACGAAGCUGAGCGCUGUCAUGCCCUGGCUAUUCUGAAUGAAGGUGCGCUGGUCGCGGAAGGCGGGCCUAGCGACAUGAUGGAUAAUCUGUCCGCGCACGUCGUAGAAAUAGAGGCGAAUAAUGCCCGCACCGUGCGGCAAACCCUGUUGGCCGACACUAACGUCAUUGACGUGGCGCAACUAGGUGCCAGGCUCCAUGCGUUAGUUGAGCUGACAAUCAAAGACCCGGUAGAUUAUCUGCAACAGAUGCUUGUCCAGGCUGAAUUGCCGGCCCAGCUCAAACUCAUCCGUGCACCCUGUAGAUACAGCAGCAUGAUUGCGCUGCGGCGAAUAUGGGCGAUUGCGACCAAAGAACUGAAUCACUUACGACGUGACCGUCUUACUGGUGGCUUGAUAGCAGGCAUACCCAUUGUCAUGACAUUGCUUUUUGGAUACGCCAUCAACAACGACGUACGCAACCUUACCGCUGCGGUUGUAGACGAAGCCAACACUUCAGCUUCACGUGCGCUGAUUAAUCAGGCGCGCGCCAGUCAGGUCAUCGACACUUUAAUUCCCAUGAGUUCGCCCUGGGAAAUGCAGCAGGAAAUGGUCAAAGGCAAAAUAGCCGUUGGGAUAUAUAUCCCGGCAGACUUCGAACGGCGUCGUGCGCGUAAUGCUAAACCCUUUGCGCAAUUACUGAUCAAUGACAGUGACCCAACUUUAUUGGCCGCUGCGCGCGGUAUAGCUAACUUGCCGAUGGCUGUUCCCAAUCAGCUUGAUGAACAUCAGACAUUCGAAAUACGCGCGUUGUACAACCCUGAACGUCGUUCUGCAAUGUUCAUCGUCCCUGGUUUGUGUGGUGUGAUAUUAACGCUGACAAUGGUGUUGUUUACUUCGAUUGCCAUUGUGCGCGAGCGGGAGCGCGGCAAUCUGGAACUGUUGAUUGCAACGCCCGUUCGCUCGCUUGAAUUGAUGGUUGGUAAGAUCGCACCGUAUAUUCUCAUUGGCUUUAUCCAGGUGACUCUAAUACUCUUUUUAGGGGCAACUUUAUUCGACGUACCGAUACGCGGAUCGUUGACUGACUUCUAUCUCGGUGUAGGUAUUUUUGUGCUCAGUGUGCUGACCCUUGGGUUGUUUAUUUCUACUUUGGCAACCAGUCAAUUCCAGGCCUUCCAGAUGACGUUUGUCACAUUUCUACCCCAGCUACUUUUGUCAGGUUUUAUGUUUCCUUUUGAAGGCAUGCCAAGGGCAGCGCAGAUACUGUCAGAAAUAUUUCCCCUCACCCAUUUCCUCCGCAUUGUACGCGGGAUCGUUCUGCGUGACGCAUCGCUUGUGCAGAUGGUGGGUGAGAUAUGGCCGUUGGCCUUGUUUUUUGCCGUUGGCUUAAUUGCAGCAACAUUACGGUUUUCAAAACGCCUGGGUUAA